CGUAACUAGAAAACAAGCAAUUUGUAUGUUAUAUGGCGAAAAAUAUACAGAAGAAAACGUCGCUCGUCUAUCUAAGAGACUCGAUGAGGCGGACGUCGAUAUCUGUUUUCUAGACGAUCCUGCCGAACCUUUUCUGCUCUGGAAAAUGAAGAUAAAUCAAAAUCCUUCAAGCUCUAUUGAUGUUAACAUUCUCUGCAAGCCACUACUGCUCAAGCUGUUGCGUUUCUGAAUGAAGUAUACCUUUCUUCUGAUCCCAGUGACGAAGAUAUGUAUGAGUACAAGCAAAUGUCCCAGAAACAAAUCUGAAGUAUUACGUGGAAGUAUUUAAACCUUUUUAACGACAAAACCAUCCCUUCGUUUAUAAAAUGGUGUUUCCAUAAAAAAGUGAAUUUUUUAAAGUUAGCAUCAAAAAGAAGACAGACAAACGAUGGAGAAAGAAUCAGUUUGAGAAGCUUGUAUGCGUUGAAAAAAAAAUAUAUGGGUAAGUCUCAU